AUGGAGGCUAUUAGGACGCUUCGAUCUUCUCUCACUCGAGCACUAGAGAGCAGCUUCGAUGAGGCUAUCAGAAAUGUGAAAGCCGAGAUUUCCUACCACGAUGCGAAUACACAAUCAGCUAAACAGAGGGCCACGAAUGCCGAAAAAGAACGGAAUAAGGCUAUGGAAGAGUUGGACUCGCUGAAAGAUGCCAUCGCUCUCCUACGUGAAGAGCUACGCCUUACCGACUUUGAGUCCGAAGACGACAAGGUUUCUACGAAGAAGUUUCGGGACUUUGAAGCAAGAUAUGCCCCAAACCAGGUCUUACAUCACCUCAGCCAUGCCUCCGGUGGUGACAUCACAGAUAUCAACCCGUACGCGAUCAAAGCCGUUGCUGAAGCAUAUACGGCUCUAUAUGGGGAGACUCAGGAGCUUGUUAUGGCCUCGUGCGAGCUCAGAAAACAAGUCAAACGAUACAAGGGAAAGUUAAAGUUCUGGCAAAAGUGUCUCGAGCUUGAUAAAUUCACUUUGGUGCUCGAAGGCACAGCAAUUGAGUUCAGAUGCACUGGAAAGAUCUCUAUUGAUACCCAGAGCAAGCCGCCGGCCGCAAACCCAGCCACUUCUGUUCCCGUGUCGGGCUUAGAUGGUCAUGGCAUCGCGGAUGAAACCGCGACCUCUCCACCAGAGGUCUUGGGAAGGAACCAUCAUGAUAAUAGUGAUGCAGGUCAUUGGGGCGCAAAGAACAGAAACUGGAGCAGAUGCAACGGUUCGAUUCGAAUGUCACCAGCGCAGCCAACACUAACACAGUCGGGCCGGUCCGAAAUUGAGAACGUUAUUCCAACUGCCCAGGUUUCUACGUUGGGGAUGAAAGCACCAGAGUCCGAGUCCAUAACAUCGCAAAAUGCCCCGAAAACCUUUAUGAACCAGUAUUCAACCUUGAUCACAGGUGUAAGAAGAGCGGCACUGAAUUCUACCUGGGUCAAAGAUGAAGAUCUGUCUCAAGAACCGUUGCCCAAACUAUCAUCCGCGGUAAGAAUUGUUGGCACCCAAGAUCUAGACGAAGUGGGUAGUACUGUCGAAACCCCCAGAAAGAGGAGGAAAGUUCGAAAUAGUGAAGUACAAGGCGAUGCCUCGAGAACAAAUACCCCAGCAAUCAGUGAAGAUAGUCAAGACGCAGAUCCACCUCGGCCACUAUUUUUCUCCUCUCCGAAACGACCUGUUGUGCUAGAAUUUAGCAAUGCCAACCCUGGAGGUGGAAGACGUGCUCGAUCGCCAGAACAACCUCAAGAAGAAGCUCAAACGCGACCCGCGGGUGCCCACGUAUCUUCAAUCCUAGAAGAUGGCGAUGAGAGCUUCUCAAAUCUACCUUCAAGGAAGUUGCACAGAACAUCUGGGGCAGGAGCUUCAGGUCUCACCCUAGCCAGCGAAGCUACCACUAAUCAGCGUCUGCAGGGUCUGCUCGAGGGGCAGUCCCCGGCUAAAUUGGAAUUGCAAACACUGCUAAGGGACUCGGGCGUUUCAGACAGGGCUCCCAAGCGUCCUUUCGCAAUGAUGGAAGAAAUACCAACAGUAACUUCCAAUCCCGAUGGGUUUGAAAUAACAGAAAUGCCGCAAAUAGCCCCAAACAAUGGAGCUUCGAGAACCGCAUCCGUCAAUAAUUCCCUGUUGCCUGCAAGGGACACCGCAGUUCACCCCGCAGGAGGUUCUCUAAGAGCACGGCCGGUUCAACAUCUUGACCUCAAAGACUUCAAAAUCAACCCGGACUUUAAUCAAGGUUAUGACUAUGCUUUUCACAGCGUGGCUCACAAGAAGACUGAAGUGAAUUGCGCCAAGGGGUGCACCCGUUACGAUUGCUGUGGGAAGAAAUUUCUAGGUUUGGCACAAAUGAAUGGCCUUCCAGCAGAUGCAAUGUGCUCCAGUCAGCAGCGCGAAAUGAAUGACCAGAGAAUCCUUGAAGAGUUGCUUGGCGACAAAGAACACCUGAUCAGUGAGUUGAGUGUAGAGGAUCGGGAUCAUCUCUUACAAGAAGCAAAGGCGAGGCUGAUAGCCAAUGAAUUUGGGAAACACAAGCAACAGCAUCAACGUGCCGGGUCCCCGCCCGGGUUUUGGCGUACUGAUAUGCCUAGCACGCAAGAAUUGGAACGCGACCACCAGGAAGCCAAGAGGCUCGAGAAAGACCUAGUGAAGGACAGGUAUAGAGAAGCAACGCGGCCGGGAGGUGUCUGGAAAUUUGCGGAUGACGACACCAUCCGUACUAUUCUUCUCCCCUUCGUGGAGAUGGACGCUACAUGCAAUACUGAGAGUGCCGCCUCUGCUGCCCUGCUACGACCAUCAAGAUGGUUGCUGUUGUACGAAGAAUUUGUAACCAAGAACGCUAGCUCCGUAAGCCAGGUAGAGUCGGCGCUGAGAUCUCUAACAUAUAUCAUUCCAGGGCGAUACCGAGACUCGGAAAUAAGUUCGGAGUGUGUACAUUCGGGAGUCCAGCUACUGUCCCUUUAUCACAAUGCUCUUGUUUCUCGAGUUGUUUCCAGAUUACCGCCGACUAUCCCGCGGCCGAUACCGACUCCUCACACGCGAUAUACUAAAUAUUGGACGUCUCGCUCUUCGCUUUAUCAUAAAGUUGCACUUGCACUACAGAUGGUCCAGUACACAGAACUGCUCUGGGAGAUGAUUGCCCGUCGACGUGGGGAGAAGAUCCGUUGGCGCGUCGUCAUCUUCAUUGAAGCCAUAAAGGCGGUCUGUCGUCUAUUACUUCUUCGUCUUACAAAGUCCAGGCCAUUGGUUACCCCCCCGCUGCCUGAGAGAGACAUUGAUCCUAGAUCGCUAGAAAAAGUGGACAGCGAUUGGAAUGGGAUGCAGACGCCCGUUAGCGAACGAUCAUCAGAUUUAAGCUGGACAAUGCCUCGGACGGGCUUAUCUCUCCCGUCGCUGCCAGAAUUAAAUGAUGUCUCCCAUUUCCUGAUAUCCAAGGUCCUCACCGCCGACGACAUCAAAGCCCCCAAGGCUCUAUUGCAUCGCGUUACUGGCCAAGGACAACUAGCUGAAGUACUAUAUAUCCUUCGGCCAGUGGUCUACGCGCUAGCGUUGCAAAAAUACAGCGAAGACAGGCAUAGCUGGAGACCUUGGUUGGUUGGAUUUGGCCUGGAAUAUGUAUGCCGACGGCUUGCUAAGUCUGACUUUCGAGAAAGAGUUGCCGGCGGCCUUCGAGGACUGACUGGGCUUGAACGUGAGGAACUCAGAAAAAGAGGCUGGGCGAUGGGUUGGUGGGCCAUGCGGGGGGCUUUCUAUACCAACUUGACCAGACCUUGGCUACGCAAUUUGACUGGGAAGAUGAAGGGCAAGCCCCUGCUUGACUUGGUAGGCAGCGUCAUUGACGACUACGAAUACCUAUGGGAUAAUUACUAUUUUUCAAGUGCGACGUUGUGA